GGAAAGCCUUCGAUGCGGUUUUUCUACAAUACAAUGCAUAUGAUGCCUUGCGCCCAUGCAAGGGACAUACCGACAUCGUCUCCUGUUAUCCUAUAGUGCAAGAUAUCGAUGACUACCUGAAUAGCCCCGAAGUCCAAUCGGAACUAGGUGUCGACCAGCACCACAGCAACUACAGCUCGAUAAAUUUCGAGCUCAACGCCCGUUUUGCGGAAGAUAAUUGGUCCUUCCGAGCUGAGCAUUACCUUGCAGCGCUGCUGGAGCGUGGUAUCCGGGCUCUGAUUUACGUCGGGGACACCGACUGGAUUUGCAACUGGGUUGGGAAUGAACGUAUGACUCGUGAGCUGGAGUGGACAGGACAGGAAGCAUAUCAGAGCCUGCCACUGCGCGAGUGGUUUGUGGAUGGUGAGGUCGCCGGGAAGACCAGAAGCUUUGGUCCGCUUACGUUCGCGACCAUCCGCGAUGCCGGACAUAUGGCUCCAUACGAUCAGCCAGUCCGGUCACUGGAGCUCGCCAACAGAUGGCUUGCAGGAGAAGAGUUGUAGUUCUCGUGGCUCGAGCUCUUUCCUCGGUAGUAUGCGCCCUAGCGUUGUCGUUACGACUUGACGAGACCAUGUCCAUGAGACGUGAGAGCACUGAAAGGGCCUGGGCCUCCAAGG